AUGCCCUUUCCAUACAAAUAUAUAUGCGAUCUACUCCAACAACUUGACAAUGAGUCUCGCAAAGACGGGCAUAAACAGACUUCUGCAAGGAGCAUAAUCGAAACGUGGUUUCGUGAGCAUCGUUCGAGUCUCGAUGCUUCCGAGAAUGAUCCAAGCGCCAUAUUAUCCACUUUGCUACCAAGAAGAAGGACAGACAAAAUCUACCUUAUCCAAGCUGCAAGACUUGAAAGUAUAUUUGGUAAAGCCUUACUUCUAGGAGCCUCACGAUUGCAAGAACUCCGAAGAUACAGGACUCCUGGUCUAGGCGUAGAUCUUGCCGAUUGUGUUGAAGGCAUCUUAAAACGUACGCCUAAUGAUACGCAAGAUUGCAAUGGACUCACAGUAGAGGAGAUCGAUGACACUCUAAACCGCAUUGCAGCGGCCUGUCGAUUCAGUUCGCCUUCAGUUAGAGCUUCGCGUAGGACUCAAGACUCUAGAGACCAGGAUCAAUCUCUAGUCACCAUUUACAGGAAACUCAGUCCGCGUGAUGCAAAAUGGUUUACAAGGCUAAUAUUAAAGAACUACCAGCCGGUGGUCAUAGAUGAACGUCUCGUAUUCCGUUGCUAUAACGAUCUCCUACCUCAGCUGAUGAAGGUAAGAGAUGAUUUUACCACAGCCACUACCUUCUUACGGCAGGUCAGCCAGCCGUCCCGCGAUCAACCCGACAUUGCCAGUAUGCUGAAGCCAGUUAUCGGGACAAAAGUUGGUCGGCAAACAUGGCUCAAAGGGAGAAGUAUCAAGCAUUGUCUAGAUAUGGGUAAAUCCCGGGAUAUGAGUUGCGAGCAGAAGAUUGACGGGGAGUACUGCCAAAUACACAUCGAUCUCCGCAAACGUUGUUCUCCUAUCCAGAUAUUUUCCAAGAGUGGAAAAGAUAGCACCCAGGAUCGGAUCGGCCUUCAACAGGUCAUACGAGAUUCGUUGAAGCUGGGAACAUCAGAUUGCCCCUUUAAAGUUGGCUGUAUUCUCGAGGGGGAAAUGGUUGUAUACAGUACUCAAGACAAUAAGAUAUUGCCAUUCCAUAAAAUUCGCAAGCACGUUUCACGCUCUGGUUCCUUUAUAGGGACUAGCUAUGAUUCUCAGCCUCACGACUACGAGCAUUUGAUGAUAGUAUAUUUCGACGUACUGCUUAUUGAUGAUGAAUCGUUACUUGGAGUCCGACAGUUUGAGCGCUUUAGGCGCUUGAGCGAUCUUGUUACUUGUCGGAAGGGUUGUGCUGAGCUAGUACCCCGUGAGACGAUAUCUUUUGGUCGGCCAUCUGCUGCGUUGAGGUUACGUGAAGCUUUUGCGAAAUGCAUUGUCGCUCGAGGUGAAGGCCUUGUCCUGAAGCCCGAUGAACCAUACUUCAACUUUAGCACAGCGCAAAAGUCGUUCAGCUGCUGCAAUAUCAAAUUGAAGAAGGAAUACGUCCAAGGUUGGGGAGAUGUCGGAGAUUUAUCCGUAAUUGGUGCCUCUUAUGAUGCAGCAAAAGUAAAAGAAUAUAAGAAACCCAAUAUUAAAUGGACUCAUUUCUUCAUUGGGUGUCUAGACAACAAGGAGAAAGCACGAGCAAGAACUGAAAAACCUCGAUUUAUAGUUACUAAUGUCGUCGAGCUUUCCGAGGCCCUUCUAUGGACGGUUAUGACUCAAUGUUUUCCAUCCCCAGUCCCGUUCGAUUCAAAUGAGUCUAUAAUCUUGGACUUUAAGCUAGGGAGGGUAGACAAGCGACCGGACGAUAUAUUCUUAGAACCGUUAGUGUUCGACAUGCGUUGUUUCUCCUUCGACAAAUCACCAAAUACGACUUUCUGGAGCAUGAGGUUUCCAUCGGUCUCCAAGAUUCACCAUGAUAGAUCAUACUUGGAUACUAUCAGCUUUACGGAACUCCAAGAGUUGGCCUCAAAUGCAACAGAAAUACCAGAGCUCGAAGAUAGUCAGGAGAUGCGCAAGUGGAUAUCAGCGUUAGAAAAGGCAGACCCAGGAGGAAUUGCUGUGGACGUCAUCAGCCAACAAAGCAAUAGAACUGAACCAAGAGCACCUCCAAGGCCAUCCCCCAAUGAGACCAAUCACGAAAAGGAACCCCGAAGCGUAUUGAUGCCGAAAUCUUGUAAACGAAUGUGGUCCCAGGAGCCUACACCUAGCUUUGCAUAUAAAUGGGAUGUCUCGCUAGGAAAGACACGGAAGUCUCGAGUCCGCAAGAUCUGUCUUGUCGAAUCAAGACGGGUAGAUGCCACAUCAUCCUUUGUUAAAAACAUAGGAGAAGCUGGCUUGAAGAAAAAGAACGGAGAGCGCGAGUGGGUGGGUGUUUAUGACUGGCGGAUACUAGAGGAUAUCUCGGAUUUAGAGUCCGGGAAGACCAAACUAGAAGGGAUAGAUCUGUGGAGGAAACACUACGUGGCGAUUGCAUAG